UUCCUUAGUUAAGGUAGAAGAGAUUUCAAGUGAAAGGAGUGUGUUAUAUCAGGUAACGCAUGAUCAUCGUAUUUUUGUGCCUAAUGUUAUAUAUACUUUUUCCCUUUCCAUUAAAUUUAUUUCUAUUCCAUUUCCAUUUCCAUUUCCAUUUCUAACAAGGGUAUAAGGAAUCUUUAUGAUCGCUAACGCUUACACCAUACAUGCUGAUAUUUGUCAUACGAAUUUUAAUGAUAUCAUUACGACGCACAUUUGUUUUUCUAACACAGUUUAUAAGCAUGCAGAUAUGCAUACGUCAAAUCGAUCAUAACGUCAAUCCGAACGUUGAUCUUUUUUCUCUAUAUGUCUUUAUUUUAAUAAUACUUUAAUACAUUAACAUGUUUUAUGUGUAUAUAAUAUAUUUAUAAGUAUAUUUUAUAAGUAUGUAUGUCGUCCUGUUAUCAUCGUGCUUUUUCCUGUUUUUUAUUUCUUAUUAUUUACUGUAGUUAAGGAAAUCGUGAUCGUGAUCGUGAUCGUGAUCGUGAUCGUGAUCGUGAUCGUGAUUUAGCAUUAGGAGUAUAAUAAUACAGAGGUUGAUAAAAACCUUUGGUUAAAUAAGUGUUAAAACUGUUAUUGUCUAUCUUAAAUUGGGGGUAUAGUAAAAGGAAUUAUAGUAUAAGAAGGUGUGAGCGAUCCGUGAUCAUAACGAGGUCAAUCAUGCUACUCUUAAAUCGAAUAGAUUGACGUGGAAGAAAAGAAUGUGUUAGAGACUGAGCUUCGCUUGUCUUUGGACAAUCUAAUUUUACAGAUUGUGCUCUAUCAAGAGGUUGUGGCAGCGAAAGCAGUGGUAGCAUUCGCUCAGGCUGGCGAUCUCCCGAGCUCCAUGAAAAUCAGCAUUUAAAGGUCGUUCGCAGUUUAGUCAUCGCAGAACGUAUGAAACCCACCUUGAUUGAAUGUUCGUGGAACACUAUGUGGAGGCCCAUUAAAAAAACGAAUGAUGACAAGAACUAUGAUAAAAAAGUUACAGAUAAUCAUUACAACAGAGAAAGACGAUUUUGGAAAAAUUAUAAAACUCGAAUAGAAGCAAGACGUGAAUUUUUCGAAAAUUAUGAGACAAGGAUGUUGAAUGGCAACUAUGGGGUUCAAGAAAAAGAUUCUUAUAAAUUUUUUCAAACAAAAUGUUUUAAUAACAUUAUUAAUAAUUAUAACGAAGAUGAGAAAAAUAAUAAUGAAAAUCAACUUGUACUUUAUCUGAAUCAUAAUGACAGAACUGAAAGCAAUGCUGGAAUAGAGAAAAAAGUCAAUGGAACGUUAUUGAAUUCGAUAAUGGAGAAAAUAUGUGACUCGUCUAGGUAUCAAGUUGCUAAUGAUCAACAAGACGACAAAUCUUGUAGGGAGAAUGACAUUGAAAAAGAAAUGGAUGAAAGUUUUUCUUGUGAAAGUAAAUUUUUUUGGGAAGAUGAUGAUUGUCAUUGUUUAUCAUCGGUUUCCAAACAAAACAAUGAAGAGGAAUUGUACAAUUGUAAUCGUCGAGAUAGUUUAGGAGAUGUUAUUAAUUGUAUCAAUGAUAAAAUUUUGCCGUCUUGUGCAAGUUUGCAAAAUGUUUUACCGGUAACAGAAGCAGCAGCAGCAGCACCAUCGGAUAAGAAGUAUAAUUUAGAUUCCACGAACAUGAAUUUGAUUUACAGUUUGACACCACCGUCAAGCGAAAUGUUAACGGUUUGUUUUGAAAAUAACAAUGUUGAUAGCAUAAAGAAUUCAUUUGAUGUAGAGCAUCAAAUGACUAACGAAUGGAAGAAAGAAGUUAAUAAAGCCAAAAGUGAUGAUAGUUCUCACAAUUCAUCCAUAGAAAAUAUUUUUCAGGAUGACUCUACUGAUAAUAAUUCCAUUGUUGACGACAACGAUAAAUGCUCUAAUAAUGGAUCAGACAUAUUAGAAUUACCAACUGGUACGAUCCUCGAGUUGGAAGAUUUUUUUGGGGAAUCUUUUAGUGAGGACAUGAAUAGUAGCGUUAAUCAAAUAUUAGCUGAUCUUAAUAUCAGUCAAGCUUGCGUUGAGGCAGCAAAUAUUGUUGAUCAGGUUAUCGAUGAUGCUUCUCGUUUAACUUCAAAUCUAAACGUACCUUCAAAGAAUACGGUUUCUGCAGAUAAUUCUAAUUUAAUUGUCAUUAACGAGCUUGUUCAUCACGUGUUAGAAAUGCAUGAUAUGGAAGACACACUUAUUGUUUCCACUCCAAAGAUCGAUAAUGAUCAAAAAUGUAUCAAGAAAUCCUCCAUUAUUUUACAGGAUUCACAUAACAACAUCAACAGUAGAUCUAUUGUUGUUAACAAUAUUUCAGGAAAUACUAAAAAUAGCGAUGUAAAUGAAUGUUCGAUGAUAAGAUCAAUAGAUCAAACAACUUAUCCCAAGAUACUUGAUAAAACGUUAACAUGUACAUCGCUCGAAUGUCAUUUUCCAGGAACGUUACCCGAAAGCAAUAAAAAAUGUAUUAAAGACGCAGAUGACAAUAUGAUAAGUAAAAGUGAAAAUAUUGACAUUGACGUAGAUGAAAAUCUUAACGUUCGUGUAAUUACGGAAAAUGAUUCACAAAAUAAUAAACGUCCCUUGUCCGAUGAAAUUGUCCUUGAAUUUUGUUCUAUAACUAAUCGAUCGAGUAGAAAUGAUGUGAUCGAGUUAAAUUUUCAAAUAGAAAAAUCUCAGUGUGACGUUAGCAAAUAUUUAUUUAAUGAAACGUCGAAAGAUUCGCGUAAACGUAAACAUUGUGAGCUUGAAUAUCCCGAUAGGGAAACAAACGAAAAUGUUGUUGAGUAUCAAAGGAAUUUGCAAUUGUCAAAUAAUUUUAAGAAAAACUUUAAAUACCUUGCUGAAAUUUAUGGGGAGAAGAUUAUGGAGCAAUAUUGUUUGAAUAACGGAUGGAUGCCAAUUAUUGAUAAUAAAUCAAUGAUAUCUAAUGGAAACGUAGACUCAAACGAUCUUUAUUUUGAUCAUUACAAUGAUCAUUACAAUGAUCAUCAUCAGUAUCAAGAUUUAUCACCCAUAACGGAAGAGACUACUACAAGUGAAUCAUUAAAUGAAGAAACUAACGUACUCAUUGAUACUUGUCCGGAGUGUUUUGCUGAUUGUUCAUUGAAAAGAUUGGAUAGCAGUGAGACAAUAAUAACAUCUUUCAUGGAAAAUGAAAAUAUGAACGUAAGUGGGGAAGAAUCGAAUAAAUCAACAGAUUAUUAUACUUGCAAGGACGAAAGUAGCGAGUACAAUACAUCGUCAGUAGACAGACCGUCUUCAUGUUCAGAUUAUCAUUUUCAAGACUCGAUUGAUCAAGUUUCCAUUUCUUCAGAUGCAACCUACGUCAUUUGUCCAAAUUUUGAGUCACCUUCCAAGUCACCUUCCAAGUCACCUUCCAAUUCGAAUAAUCGUAGUAUCAUUUCUAUAAAGGAUAAGGAAAGCGUAGAACAAAAUGAUAAUGUAAUUAGAGAAAAUAUUGAAUUGGUGAUCUCAAAGUCGUCUCCUGUUUUAGUUAAUAAUAACGGUAUUGAACAACUUGCGAAUCUUGAUUUGACUGGAUCUCAUGUGCUUCCACGAUAUGAGGAUUCUUCCUUAUAUAGAUUGGUAUCGGGAAUGAAACUUAAUAUCAAUUCUCUCAUUGAAUCCACUCAAGACAAUCGUUCACUCUCCUCUUCUGAGGACCACUGAAAUUUUUCUUACCAACUAAUAUAUUUUAAUAUUAUUAUUAUUAUUAUUAUUAUCAUUAUUAUUAGUUUUCUUUUCCGUUACGAGGCCAAUGUUAACAACAACGUUAAUUUGUGUAUUUCACGUAAAUUUUAUCAUUUAUUAUUUUCUUUUAUCUUGAAAUAUCGUAUCGUUAUUUUCUUUUUACAAAAGAUAAAGUAAAAAAUACCAAAGAAAGGAAUUCAUUCGUUUAGUUAUGUUAUGUUA